CAAUGCAGAUCAAUCGACACUCCAGCAAAUACUGCAGCAGCAGCAGCAGCAGCAGCAGCAGCAGCAGCAGCAGCAGCAGCAGCAGCAGCAGCAGCAGCAGCAGCAGCAGCACCAACAACAGGAGUACCACCAACAGCAGCAGCAGCAGCAGCAGCAGUAAGCAUAAGAGCGUAAUAUAUACUUUGAAUGUGU